AUGGCUGCGAGAAUGCCACUGCGCUCGUUAUUUAGGACGUCUCAGCUGAUUAGCUCGAGACGUCCGUGGACCUGCACAUCCUGCAAGCAUGGCUGGAAGAUUCCCAGGCGCGGAGUUGCUACUGGACCCCAAAAGUCCAAGCCGUACUAUGUGACGACACCGAUUUUCUAUGUCAAUGCUGCUCCUCACGUCGGUCAUUUGUACACUAUGGUCAUCGCCGACAUCAUGAAGCGUUGGCAGGUCGUGCUCGGGAAUACAGAUGCUCAAUUGUUGACCGGAACCGACGAGCAUGGCAUGAAGAUCCAGCAAGCCGCUAUACAAGCCGGCAUGGACACACAGGCAUUUUGCGACAUGAACUGCCGAACCUUUGAGGCUCUAGUGAAAGCUGCAAACCUUGACAACGACCAUUUCAUCAGGACCACCGACCCAUCGCAUCGAGAUGCUGUUCAAUAUUUCUGGGAAAUGCUCCAACACCGGGGAUAUAUCUAUACUUCGAAGCACGAAGGCUGGUACUCAGUCAGCGAUGAGACAUUCUAUCCCCAAGCGCAAGUGCAGAAUUCCUUGGAUCCGACAACAGGCCGGAAACGCAUGGUUUCGAUAGAGACUGGGAAAGAGGUUGAGUGGUCCUCCGAGACCAACUACCACUUCCGCCUCUCGGCCUUCAAGGAUCGUCUACUUGAACUGUACAAGAGGGAGGAUUCCUUUAUUACCCCUACGUCGUACACAUCUGCUGUGAUCAAUUCCGUUAUCACGGGUUUGCAGGACCUCUCGAUUUCUAGACCCGUGGAACGUCUGACAUGGGGUAUCCCGGUUCCCGGCGAUGCUUCGCAGACUAUCUAUGUGUGGUUAGAUGCUUUGGUUAACUACCUGACCAAAGCUGGAUACCCGUUCCCGCCCGGGAAGGAAAUCACAUCUGCAUGGCCUGCGGAUUUGCACAUUGUUGGUAAAGAUAUCGUUCGAUUCCAUUGCGUUUACUGGCCUGCAUUCCUUAUGGCACUUGACCUUCCACUGCCCCGGAAGGUCUUGGUGCACGGACACUGGACGAUGAAUCGCGAAAAGAUGUCCAAGUCUACAGGAAAUGUUGUAAAUCCAUUUUUCGCCAUUGAACGGUUUGGAGUCGAUGGUAUGCGGUUUUUCCUAGCUUACCGGGGAGGUUUAUCGGAAGAUUCGGAUUUCGAUAACUCGUUUAUUAUCCGGGAUUAUAAGAAAUGGCUCCAGAAUGGCCUCGGAAACCUUGCUCAGCGCACAAUCGGAUGUGCGCGUGGCAAUUUGCGGUCGUGCAUUGUAGAUGCCGCGUCUGAUAAGCUUCCAACUGCCACCCCCGAGGACCUGGAACAUCAAACAAUGUUGGUACAGGCGCCCCCCAAGGUCGCCGAGCUUAUGGAGAAUCUGAACCCUCGUGCCGCGUUGCAUGGAAUUAUGAGCAUAAUCGAGCAGACCAACAAGUACUUCCAUGCUGCGGAGCCGUGGAAAAGUCCCGAACCCCAACGGGUGCUCUACAAUGUGGUAGAAUCGUUGCGGAUUGCUGGCAUUUUAUUGCAACCGUUCAUGCCCGGCAAGUCUCAUGACCUUCUAGAAAUGCUCCGUGUAGAUACCUCGGACCCCUCCAAGCGGGCAUUCGCGGCCACGGCGUACGGUUCGGAUCCAGAUUACGGUGAGGGCGUUAAGAAAGGUAUUCUUUUCCCUCCUUUACUCACAGAGGAGUAA